AUGUCGAACCAAGUGCACGAACGAUUCACCAACUACGUUUUGCCAAAGAAACCUACAGAAAUGUCGCUUAGUGAUACAGUUGACAGACUCAACAAGCUUUUCGGAAAAACGGAAACUCAAGUCGCACAACGCUACAGGUGCUUACAACUUGCAAAGGUAGACAACGAGGACUUCAAAGAGUAUGCAAGUCGCGUCAACUUGCAGUGCGAAUUGUUUAAGAUGAAUGAAUUGCAAAUCAAUCAAUUCAAGUGUCUCAUCUUUGUGCUAGGACUCAAGUCUAGCAGAGACAAUGACAUUCGCAUACGUCUUCUCAAAAUGCUCGAUGAGGAAAACGACAGCAUGAACUUGGACAAACUGGUAGACGCAACACAAAGGAUCCUUGAUCUAAAAGCUGACAACACGCUGAUAGAACACCAACCAAAGUGCACCAGAUGUCAUCAGAGAGGCCAUAAGGAGGACUAUUGCAAAAGUCUAAACACAUCACACAACAACAACAAACAUUCGAAGAAUGCCAAAAAGACGAAAAACAGUUUUCGCACAAAAGCCGUGUUCACAACCAAGCAGCUCAGUUUUCAAAAACUCCGUAAGUACGUAAAUGCCAAUUUCAACAACAAGCCUGUGAAGCUACAAGUGGAUACAGCAUCAGACAUUUCCAUCAUAUCGAAAUCAACUUGGGAACAAAUCGGUGAACCAGAAGCUCAUACCACCACAGACAGCGCUAGUGACGCUAACACUAACAGCAUCAAACUUCUCGCAAAGUUCAACGUAGACGUCACUAUCAACAACACCACCAAGUCUUUACAAUGCUACAUCACAGAUGUUGAUCAACUCAACAUCAUGGGUAUCGACUGGAUACAAGCAUUUGGACUUUGGGACAAACCAAUAUCGACGUGGUGUCGUCAAAUAUCUUUUGAUGACGAAGUCGCAGUAUUGAAAUCAAACUAUCUAGUCGUGUUUGACAACUCAACGCUUGGUCUCUGCACCAAGACCAAAGUCAAAAUUCAAUUACUGCCCAACGCAAGGGAAAUUUUCGUUUCAAAACGUCCAGUACCGUAUGCGGCAAGAAUUGAAAUCGAGAAUGAACUGGACAGGCUACAAAAGGCAAACAUAAUCACACCUGUGGACUCUUCAAGGUAUGCAGCUCCAAUAGUAGUGAGCAAACGGAACGGAAAGAUUCGAAUUUGCGCAGAUUACUCAACUGGUCUAAAUUCGAUCGUCGAGCCAAAUCAAUAUCCGUUACCUACCCCGGAGGAAAUACUUUCGGAUUGCCACAACGCUUCUAUUUUCAGUCAUCUUGAUCUAUCAGACGCCUAUCUUCAAGUGGAGGUCGAAGACGAUAGUAAGGAGCUUCUUACUAUUAACACCCACAAGGGUCUGUAUAGAUUCAAUCGUUUGACCCCAGGCAUCAAAUCAGCACCAGGGGCAUUCCAGCGAAUAAUGGAUCAACUUUGCAGUGGCAUUGAAGGCGCAAAAGCAUACAUUGACGAUAUCAUGCUAGCCAGUAAGUCAAUUUCUGAUCACAUUACUAAUCUCAAUUUGCUUUUACAGAGAAUUCAAGAAUUUGGUUUCAAACUCAAAUUUGAAAAAUGCCAAUUUUUCAAAAACCAAAUUAAAUAUCUGGGACAAGUUAUUGACAGAGAGGGAAUUCGACCAGAUUCCAACAAGAUCAGCGCCAUACAAAACUUGAAGGUACCCCAGAAUAUCACCGAAGUUCGAAGUCUAUUAGGUUCCAUCAACCAUUACGGUAAAUUUGUCAACAACAUGAGGAAUUUACGCAAACCUCUUGAUGACCUACUGAAGAAAGACCAGAAGUUUCAAUGGACUCCAGAAUGUCAAAAUUCAUUGGACGAGUUCAAGAAGAUUCUUUCAUCGCCUCUUCUUUUAACUCAUUACAACCCUGACUUACCAAUACAUGUUGCAGCCGACGCUUCUCCGCAUGGUAUUGGUGCAGUGAUAUACCACACAUUCCCGACCGGUGACAUGAAGGCAAUUCAUCACAUUUCAAGAUCUCUCACACCGGCAGAGAGGAACUACAGCCAAAUAGAAAAGGAAGGUUUAGCUCUAAUCUUCGCGGUACAACGGUUCCAUAAGAUGUUAUUUGGGCGCAAGUUUUUCUUGCACACAGAUCAUAAGCCCCUACUAACGAUCUUCGGCUCAAAAAAGGGAAUCCCGGUGUAUACCGCAAACCGACUUCAACGUUGGGCUUUGAUUCUUUUGGCAUACGACUUUGACAUCUCAUACACCAACACUAAAGACUUUGGUCAUGCAGACGUUCUUUCCAGACUCAUCAGUGACCAUGAGAAACCAUCCGAUGACUACAUCGUGGUCUCCGUGUCAUUCGAGAAAGAUGUACGACAUGAACUAACUGAGAGUAUGGCAGCAAUUCCAGUUUCGUUCGAGAUUAUAGCCAGCGCUACAGCCAAAGACGAUGUUAUACAACAUGUCAUCAAAUAUCUCAAAACUGGUUGGCCAGAAAGCAGAAUCGCUCGCGAUGGUAGAUGGCUGUCUAAUGUUCAACACAAGGAUCGUGGUUCCAGGCAUAUUUCACCAGAAAGUUCUCAAACAACUUCACAGAUGACACUUGUCUUCCGAAAGGAGCAAAUCGAUAGCACGAAGUUACGUGUAUUGGCCAAACAUUGA